AUGCACUCGUCGUUGUUCUACUUUGCUGCGUUGGUGACGUUGUCGGCGGCGUUUUGCGGGUCGCUUCUUGGCGGCGGAGGCGGUGGUUGUGGAGGAGGGUGUGGCGGUUGCGGAAGGAAGAAGAGAUCGGCUGAUGUGGAAUGGGCGGGGCUGCACGCGAGCCACGAUGAUAUGCUCUGCAACUCGGCCCACUUGCGCAAUCUCAUAAAUGAGACGAUCAGCACCUCCCCGGACGCCUCGAAGCUGGCGCUGAUGACGCGGCUCCAGGCCGAGGGCGAAAAUCAGGCGGUGAUCAUCUGCUCUGCCGACCCGUUCUCGUACGCGUUGCCGCAACACGCCGAAUAUUGCUCACACGGAAAUGGGUCGAAUAUGUGUCACGUGUUUAUACUU